CUUUCCGGCCCCAGGAACAGCUCCCUGGAGGAGCGACCUUUUUGGAAGUGACUUUCGUUUCCAGCUCAGAAAGGAUCCCUCCUUUCCAUCCUCCCCUCCUUCUCUCUCCCCCUCCUGGGUCCUGUGGCCGGGAGGAGGGGACAGGGGACACAGGACGGAGAGGACGGAGCAGGCGUCUGCGGGCGCCCCCGGCUCCCACUUGUGGACCGGCCACACGUCUUCCCCAGACGCCCCCAGAUUGGGUGCCCGCCCGGGGGAGGACGUGGCUCAGGUCGCCGCUCCAGAUCACACCCAGCUCCCGCUGGGUGCAGCAUGGGCACAGACGCUCAGCAGGAAGAUGGACAGGAAAAGCCCCCAGCUCCCGUGUCUGGAGCCCGGCUGGCUCUCCCUCCUGUCUGUGGCUUAGCUGGACGCCAAGUCCCAGCCGCCAAGUCUGUGCCCCCGCUGGCGCGGCUGCAGCAGGGGGACCCGCGGCCCCCCAUCCCCUCCCUGGCCGCUUAGCCGCGCAGACCCUGCCAUGGGGUGCGGGCUCAGGAAGCUCUCGGACCCCGAGGACGCCAGCCCUGGGAAAAUCUUCUCCACCCUCAAGAGACCGCAAGUGGAGACAAAGACGGACGUGGCUUACGAGUAUGUGCUGCUGGAUUUUACUCUGCAAGCCUCGUCACACCCGGAGUUGAUCAGGAUACACUCAGUUGAGGACAUAGUCACCGAGGUGGAGGACUAUUACCUCCAGGGCUACGUGGUGGGAGCCCUGCACCCCAUCCUGCACCCCGCGGGCCCACGGGCACCCCUGCCCGCCAGUCACCUGUACCGAGCCGUGCUGCUGCGGCCAAAAGCCAGCCCCAAGCACCCAGCAGCACCUAGCACACGGAGGCACCCACGGCUGGUCAUCGAAGAGUGUCCGGUGCCUGGGGAUGCACAGACCAGCGACAUCGCGAAGGAGCUGAUGGAGAAGGUCAACGCUGCGGCUCGGGGAGGCAUGCGGUUCGUGGGCUUCCUCCCGCAGCUCUGCCCGCCGACCAGAUGCUGCAACGGGACCGGCCGGGGUGCAGGUGCGGAGCCCGCAGCCAACGACAGCCGGAGGAGCAGAGACGAGGGACCAGGCCGCAGGCCGGCGUCAGAAAGUGGCCCUGGGGAAGCGCCCCGUCAGGAGAGCGGCCAGGCACAGGGGGAGCUUGAUGGCAGCCCCGGCCCUACCAAGCCAAGGAAGGGAGAAGAGCCCAGGCUGUACGCAGCCUUCAACGCCUUCGAGGACGACGCGGCCUGCUGGAGCUACCAGGAGGGUGCCCUGUCCAUGAAGGUGGCCAGGAAGGGGGCCGUCAUCAGCACACUGGACGCCGACUGGCUGGAGCUCACGACCUUUUAUUACAAGCAAGGCUUUUCCUUAACCGACGCCUUCGUGUGCUGGGAUUCCCCGCGAGGGGACCAUUUGCCGAAGUCUCUGGAGGGAUUUUUUAUCUACGAGGAGGAAGGCUCUGGGCUCCCGGGUUCUCCCAGGAAAGGAAACGACGCCAUCGUGGUGGAGCAGUGGACGGUCAUCGAGGGCACUGCCGUCAAGGCUGACUACGGCCCCCUGCUGCACACGCUGGCCGAGUUCGGGUGGCUGCUGACCAGCGUGCUGCCCACGCCCGUGCUGAGACACGACAGGGACGGGAACCUGGCCACGAAGCAGGUCGUCUUCCUGCAGAGGCCAGCGCUGUGCGGCUCGGCGGUCCAGACCCUCGAGAGCGAGGGCAGCCCGCGCGGGCGAGGCGAGGACCGGACCGCGGCCAGCAGCAGGAGCCCCGGCUUGGACACAGGUGCGAGGUCACCGCAGGAGGGCAGGUCCCCGGCCCUGGGUGGCCUCUCGUCCCUGUGCCCAUCCCCGUUGCGGGAGGGCUGGGCCAAGGAGGGGAGCCCGGCCCAGGGCAGCAGUGCCCUCCGCGAGCUGGACGACGGGCAGUGCGACCCUGAGGACGGACUGAUGCAGGUCACCUGCAUGUGACCCCGGGACUCGGGAGAAGGCGGGAGCUCCCGGAGUCGGCCUCGCCGGCCCCAGUGCCACGUCCAUGCCCGCGUCCUCCAGACUCGCCCUUCGCCUGGUCUGUGUAAGCCGGGCACCAGCUCCCAGGCAAGGAAAAGUUAUCACGGUGUCUGCACAUUUAGAGCCAUGUUUACAACGUCGACUAACACCGCGGAGCAGACCCUUAGGCGGGGGCGCAGUGACCGGCUUCAGUUCUCACGAGCACAAAACGCGCUUUCCUCAAGCUGUUCAAAGGACUGAACAUCCCAACCUGGCUCCUCCAGACAGCCUUUCACCCAGAGUGCUCAGGAAAGGGGUCCGUGGUAAACUAAAAGUUAAUCAACCCCUCUUCUCCUCUGUGUCUAUCUCUCUGUCAUACACACACGGAUGAUUAGUGAAAGUAAACUAUUCCCUGAACAUAA